GGUCGCUUCUGCCCAUCUCGUGCAUGUCGCACAUCUUGUUCUUGUCGUCGUCGUCGUCGUCCUCGUCGUCCUCGUCAUCUCUAUCAACUCUACUCCCCUCGCCACCAGCCCCUCUUGCACCCACCUCCGCCAUGCCCACCAUCACUGCCGCCACCCGCACAACGCUACUUCCAGCGGACUCCUUCCCACACAUCAUAGACGCAAUCUUUGCCGCCGCACCCCCUCUUGCCCUCCUCUCCCUUCGCACCGCCUGCUCCUCCUGGCGUGCUCGCGCCGACGCCCUCCUCGUCUCCCACCUCCGUUUCGACGGCGUCUCCUUCCUUAUCCCCUCUCCCUCACCCCACGAAACCUCCUUUGCGGUGUCUGCACCUACACUCCGCGUCCCAGCCCCCGACUGGCUUUCUACACCCCUCACCCACGCCGUGCGCACCCUCGACAUUGCCCCCCUCCCUCCGCACCAGCCGGUACAGCCCUCGCGCCUGGCCCCCGCUACGCGUUUCCGCAGCCUCCGCACCGCCCGCAUCGCCCGCGUCCUCGACUACUGGGAGCACGGUCUGUUUGAGGUCGACACCGUCGUGCUCCCCGUAGGCGCCUUGCGUGCCGGCCACUUCGACCUCCUCCGGAAACAGGUGCGCACACGCAUCGUCGCCCACAUCCCCUCGGCCUGGCCCGAGCGGCUGUUCGCCGACCUCGGCGUGAUACUCAAGUUUGGGCGGGCGACUGAGCUCGUCCUCGUCUUCUCGCACGAGCCGCAGAGCCACCCCAGCCAAACAGACGAGGACGAGGGCGGGGGAUACGCGCUCGGCCUCGCCGCCGCCCGCGGCUUGUCGGACAGCAUGACGAGCGACCCGCUCGCGGCGGCAGACGCCGCAUGGCCACACCUCCACGGACGCCGGGGGUUGCGGAUCGACAUUGUCAACUCGGGCCGCGCGCGGCACGACUGGGAGGGCGCGGGGCGGCGCGCCACAGAGUGGCGGCUAUGGCGCCGGUACGAGGCCAAGCAUCCCGAGGCCGCGCGCGAGGAGAUGCUUGAUGCCGCACAUAAGAUCAUCCGCUUCUUCUCACUCGAGGAGUACGCGGACGAAGUGGGCGCGGCGUACGCCACGGAAAUGUGUUUCUGAUGGGAGGGUGGCGGUGGCGUGACGGGGGCAAGGAACCAAACAACGUUCGGGGCAACGUUGGUCCGCACCGUAAUGAGUGCGUUGCGCGCCAUUACACAAAUUAACAUCACGGAGCGACUGGUGCAUGCUUCUCAUCAGCAUGCGGACGUUGUAUAUCACAGCCCUCGACGCUGCCGAGCUGCCCUCUUGCCCACCUACAAUCAGCACGAUAUCCACUAAUUCCACCAUGGCCGACAACACCCCCACCGCCAACGUGACCAACACCGCGCCCACGACCAUUACCGUGCCAAUCAUCGUCAUCACGCGCCCGGACAACUAGCGCGCUGUCUAUCGGGUCACACGACCAUGACUUGACAUUGGGCAUUUCAUGCCAAAACCCCCCCGUGCAUUCUGUAGAACUAUGCAUUUGAC